UUUAAAAUAACCUAAAAUCUGUUACUUGGUAACUUUCGUUUCCUUAACUGGUAUCUUGCUUUAUCCACGGAUGACUCUGGUGAUGAUGAAAUUAGUUCAGAUGAAGAGCUGGAAACUGACGAAAUCCCAAUUAAAAAGGAUGAAAUUAGAUGGUAAAAUCGUCAAACAAGAUGUUGAUGAAGAAAUGUCCAAUGGUGAUGACAGUUUCACUGAUGAUUCAGAUGGUAGUGAAAUGUCUGAAGAUGAGUCCAGUGAUGAAGAAACAUCCAGCGAUGCUGAUCUCAGUGGUGAUUCUGAAGCUGAAAGUGAAGAAUCGGAGGAAGAACAGACUCCUACACAGAAGAAGCCUGAAGUAGUUGGCAAGAAAAGAGCAAUUGAAGCUGUGACACCUUCUGGUAAGAAGGCAAAGGUUGAACCAUCUAGUCAGAAAAUAGGUGACAAGAAAGGGCAUGUGUCAACUCCUCAUCCCACAAAGCAGGCUAGUAAGACCUGCUUUUGA